AUGCAUUAUGCUAAAUUCAGACUCGGACAGGCCUUACUCGACGACCUCUACGGACCGGACAGGACCGACGACCCUGAAGGGUGGGCCCGACAAACCAGACGAGUCGAUCGGGUCCAACAACCUGAAAAUUUGGGUGAGUUCGAUGACCCGAACGAGCCAAGUGGGUGCAAAGACCUGAACGGGUCAGGCGGACCCGCAGACUCAAACGGGUCAGACAAGCCCGAAGACCCAAAUGAGCCAGGCGGGCCCGAGGACCCGAACGGGCCAGGCGGGCCCGAAGAUCCGAAUGGGUCAAGCAAUUCCAAAGAUCCAAACGGGUCAGGUGAGCCCGAAGACCAGAACGGGUCAGGCGGACCUGAAGACCCAAACGGGCCAGGCAAGCCCGAUGACCCAAAUGAGCCAGGCGGGCCCGAGGACCCGAACGGGCCAGGCGGGCCCGAAGACCCGAAUGGGUCAAGCAAUUCCAAAGAUCCAAACGGGUCAGGUGAGCCCGAAGACCAGAACGGGUCAGGCAGACCUGAAGACCCAAACGGGCCAGGCGAGCCCGAUGACCAAAAAAGGUUAGGCGGGCCCAAAGACUCGAACGGGUCAAGCAGACCUGAAGACCCAAACGUGCCUAAAGAAUUAAAAGGGUCAGGCGGGCUCGAAGAACCGAACGGGCUAGGCAAAGCCGAUGGCCAAAAUGGGCCCGACGGACCCAAAGACUCAGAUGAACUAGGAUGGGUCGGCUUGACGACUCAGACGAGUCGUGCCCGACGACCUGUACAAACUAAGUCAUAUUGA